GCACAUAGCAUGCAAAAUUGACGGAGCACCUGAAUUCGGCCAUAGAGUAUCUAAUAAACACGUGCAUAGACAACCACGGCUAUGCUAGCAUGAUGAACUGGCUGGCAGGUCUAUUGGACAGAAGUUUGGAAGUCUAUGGUAGAUUGGUGGCAGUGCCGUGGAAGUGCUUUGAGAGUUUUCUUACUGUGCGCGAAAAACAAAAAGCAGUACUACGCAUUCUUCUAAUUGUAACAAAACACAAAAUACACAUUCCCGAGCUUCUACCAUCCUUAAUAGCAUUGGAAGAAAGACAUUGGCACGAGAUAAAGUUGGCCGAACUGUUUGGCCAAGCGUUGGCGUGUGCGAGCGAGACGGAGCGACCGGUCUCUAAGUACAGACAGUUCAUGGACAGACAGAGACAGAAGGAGGAGAUUGAUUCUUACGUUAAGUUGCUGUAUUAUGCGCAGAUUGGCUAUCCUAUGAUAUGUGACGAGUAUCAUUUUAAAAUGGUCCUGCAACUAACAGCUAGGGUAGUAGGCCACACGAAGUCCAAAUGCCUCCGUAUACUGUCCACCUACAUAUCCCACACCGAACAGACGGAAUUGCUGUCUACCCUCGACAUCUGCAGUCUCCUCAGAGAGCUGCCUUCAGAGAGUCUGAAGCUGGUGUCAGAUGCGCGGUGCUUGACUCGAGGGAGGGUGGGGAGACAGGUGGUAGGAGGGGUGGUGACGUGUGUCAGUCACAGUGACAGGAGUAUCAGGGGACUGGCUGUCACGGUGAUGCUGAAUGUGUUUGAAGAUCUUUUCGGCCCAAAACACGGCGAACCAUCAGCUAAGAUUCCAAAAUCACAUCCGAGCAAAAUACUACACAACAUCGAGUCACCCGAUACGUAUACUAGCUCCGUUAUUGAGAGCGUAUCGUUAGCUGUGACUGACAGUGAUGUUGGUAUAGCUAGUAACGCGAGAGAGAGGGUAGCCAAGUGUUUGAAUGGAGACGAUAUGAAGAUCAGACUAGCAGAGAGCUUCCUCAUAUCGUUCUGCAUGCCAGCUACUAUGAAUAAGAAUCGAGAACCGUCUGUCUGUGCGUCGGCCUUCUUCGACCUACUAUUCAAAGGCCUGAGGGGCCAGGAAAGAUUUAAACUAGCCAAACUGAGGGAGGACGCCUUGGAUUUCAGGGAUCCACUUUCGAUGUCUUCAAAACUGGUGACAAACACAAGGACUUAUCAAGGGUCCUUUUUGAGUACUAUGGGGAAACGAGCUCGCGUUAAACUUGAUGAAACUCAAAGUGGUAUUAACGUUCAAAUACCAAUCGAUGACAUCUUAGGAUCCUUUCUAUCGUUUGCUAAGGACAAGCCAGACGUGUCUCUCUCCCUCUGCGUCGAAGUGGCCCGCAUGAUUCUGGCCAGCGGUCGCGGGUUCGACACCCGCUCGAGUCUGUCGCGACAGCUGUGCGACAUGUUGGCAUCGGUCGGCGAUGGUACUCCAGUUGCGGCCGAGAUGGCGAGGUUGAUGGUGGAUAAUAUGAAGGCUGUCAUUGAAUUUGAAACAGCUAUAAACAAACUGAAAGACAUAACAAAGUGCACCGAAGGCGAGGACCUGGUUCAGUUGUUAUACGAAGAAUACCGGCUCAGAGCUGAUCCGGAUACGUUUGAGUUCGGUGUCAGUCUACCGCGUUUGACAGAACAGAGUAGUAUUUUCAUGGAGUACGCCGAAACGGAUUCAGAUACUACUUUUGAUGAUAUGACAUCAGCAUUCGGCAAGCUGUCCAAUUGGGACACGCUGACGAUUCAGCAGAAGAACGAAGUCCAACGCGGAGGACUACCGCAGCUGUGGAUGCCAGAAGACACUUUUAAGACCUGGCUGACCGAAGCAAAUGUGGCGAACUCAAAAUCCUGGUUCAACAAAAUGUUGAGCUCGUACCGUGAUGAGUGCAAGCAGGACAGCCUGCGAUGGCUGAGAGAGACGGAUAGAUGGCCGAGGCGACACUUCGAUAUAUCUGUGGUAACGGAACUGAUAGAAGGCAACGAGUGGAGCGAGCAAGAAAUGAAGACGCGAUGUGAUAUCAGGCCCUCAGACUGCUUGGUGGAGUGGGCAGCUAGGCUUAUGGUCAGAAGAGCGCAAGCAACAGAGCAGGACGGAGAAUCAGUUCCGUCUCGCUCUCACGAGUUGCUGUGGUGUAGGACGGCCAAUGACAGAGGACUACCGCACCUGGUCAUCAACUGUGCUGAUUUAAACGCCCGUGCGGCAGAGGUCAGCGAACAACUGUCGUGGCAGAUCGAAAAGGCUCGUGCUAUGAGGAUCAUCGGUUUGAACAGUAACAACGUUGAUAUGCUGGGCGACGCUUUGGCCUUACUUGAAUCAAAGAAGGAUGCAUUGAACGAGUCUUCAAGCAACGAUAUUAUAAUGUGGAACAAUUUAGCCGCUUCUCUACAUCAGGACCUAGGAUCGAUAACCAAAGAGCAGCUGCAAGUCUUUAUAUCGAGCGCAGAACAGGCAUCGCGGCGCAGCGUCAAGCUCGACAAGCCCUCGCUAUGCGCGCUGUACGAAAUGGCUAUUGGCUUCUACGACGAUGUAUGGAGCGAUGAAUCGUCCGACCAAAACGACCUCCUAUCCAACAUGGCGGAUCUCCUCGGGCUAAUGAUAGAGCUGGAUCUCAUCCAACGAGCCGAGCUGUUCCUGGCCGUCAUACUGAACAAAUUAGAUGAGUUUACUGCGGAAAUGAGCGAAGAAACAGCGAGGAAUGUUUUGGAGAAGGUUUCCCUCCUUCCCCACCUAGACGACACAUCCCUAGACCAGCUCAGGUCCCAUGUUCCCCUCUUCCCCCCCAUCCUACAGGACUUCCCCUCGCUAUCGGCCGCCCUGACGUCUGCAGACGACAGCUGGAAGAAACAGUUCCAACUGGUCUGCGACCUCCGAUACUCACUGUUGAGGAGGUGUGAGGGACUGAAGAGAGAGAUUAGUGAUCCCACAAAAUGGCAGAAAUCUUUUGAGCUGCUGAAAGACAAUAUAUUUGAUAAUCCAUACUCAUUACAGAGUUCGGAAUACAACGUGUUAGCCAAGUAUAAGCAAGAUCUGUACAUGAUCGAAGACUAUGAAUCUACAGAUACCCAGCAAAAAACGUCAACGCUAAACAAGAUAUUAUCUGAACUAUACAAGAAGCCACCGAGAGCCACGCUACGCCUGUCCCAGCUUUGUCCCGCUCUCGCCAAGCACACUUACUGCGCGAGCGAGCGGGACGCACAGAUGUCAAGACUACUGGGACUCGGAAAGAAGGGUGUUGUGAAGUUCUAUGAGCAAGUAUCGGUCUUCACCGAUGCUGUCAGCCGUCCAGCAGUAUUAUCACUCUUGCUCACUGAUGGGACUGUCCGUCGGUACAUCCACAAAAGUGGUGAUCGCUUGCAAGUGGAGCGAGCGGCGCAGCGAGCGGCGGCGGCCGCGGCGACGCUGGUGCGAGGGACCCGGCUGCGGUAUGAGGUGACCCCACUCGGAGAGGACAGCGGGCUGAUAGAGUUUGUCGAAGACUCCACCAGGCUCCGCGAUAUGAUCAACAGCGUUUAUGAUCUAGAUCAAGUGGACAUUGGCGCGAGAGCUGAAGAUGAAGAGUUGAUCCUGUCCUCAGCAUCCUUGGAGCACUACCGCAACUUUUGCAGUCAAGUACCGGCCCAUGCUCUGAGAUCAGCCAUCGAAGCGAACUGCUCGUCGACAGAAGACUUUAUAAAGAAGAAGCACAAGUUCGUCGAGACACUAAGCUUGCUUACUCUGCUGUGCUGGAUAUUCGGGCUAGGCGACCGUCAUUUAGAGAACAUGAUGUAUUCGCUCCGUUGCGGUGCGUUGUGGUGCGUCGACUGGUCGCCGUUGCUGCAAUGCGGCGCGCGCGAGCUGCCGCCUGCCAGGCUGACCAGGAGCCUGCGAGCCGUGGCUGACACUAGAGUUUUAGAAGCGCGACUGCAAAGUCUACUGCAAGCGCUGCGAGACUCCAGCAAGCUGUUUUUACACGCUGUGAAGGGUUCCUUCAAGUGGAUGGGACAGGAGUUUGACAGCAAGUACCCCAUCAUAGAAAACUACGCGACCGGUCGCGCCACGUCCCGCGAAGUGACCAAGCAAGCCGUAAUGGCGUCCGAUAGAGCCUACAAAGAAAGAAUCGUCAGGCUACUUGAUGAUACCUUCAGCGAUCUGGAGGAAAAAGAGGAGUACAGCGUGGUGGAACAGGUGACCUGCCUGCUGCGUCAAUGCACCGACCCUCGAAUCCUCAGCGUCACCCGUUCAGGCUGGGAGCCCUGGGUCUGAUCAUCAUCAGGUCAUUUAGUCUCCACUGCAGUAGCAUGAUUCUCUCUAAUUUACCAGA